AUGCCGCCCAUCCGCGAUGAGCAGGCGGCCCCCCUCAGCUCUGUACCUCAGGAAGAACUCAAGCAUUCAAGUGCGGUCCAUGAGCGGAUCCCAUCGCGCUUUUUCGGAGAUCAUGGGAAGCAGAGUCAUGGAGCUACAUCAAGCAUAGCAAAGGAAGGCCGAGAGCUGAGAUACGGCACCUUCAAACCAGCCGCAGCCACGGGUCCAAAGGACGAUGCUUGUCAGACGUUGAACAACCUCUUCAACUCGAUCGUAGCAGAAUCAGCUACUGGAAUCACAAUCGAGAUCACAAUACCAAUUGUCUUCAGUGGAGAAGACGACUGCCUCCAACAACUUAGCGACGUCAUGGACAUUUUUCAAACACAGUCGAAAUAUAAGGGCAAGGUCUUCUAUGAGACGGUCAUGACUGGCGACGGUAUCUUCCGCUACCCCACGAUGGCUGUUGUGCAAGACGUCUUUGCUCCGGCAAUGCUCUGGGACAGGAAAUUCGACAAAGCCCGCAUCGACGAAGUUUGGAACAGCGGGCACGUGCACAGGGCAAUCUUUCGGGACGAGCGCAAGAAAUGGCUUAUCGGCGUCACGGCCAGUGGCGAAAGCAUGCCGGCUGGGGCAGAAAAACCGAUACCGGGCGUCAGUUCGAAGGUUGUCGUCCGCCUAGUCGACCAAGACAAGUUUCCCGGGGGCGAAGACGACCGUAAAGUGUUCCACGGUGUCAUCAUUGCAACGGAGAGUGUAGACUUCGACUUCCUGUUCGACGCAACCGUUGGGUAUAGUCCAGUGAACCUGGAAGACAAUUCCCUGGAGGACAUCACCGUGUAUGUGACGGUAUGGAGUGCUGGUGUCAAAGCCAGACUGACUACAAUGCACCGGAUCGCAACGGCAAGGCCUCCCGGCGCGCCAGGUGCACUAGGCCUGGCAGCCAUUGUCCGGUGUAUCUACACGGGGCCGACGACGUCCCGUUUUGAUGUCAACACGAAUCCGAAUUUCAGCCGCGAGAUGGUCAUCCUGGAAGACUCGCGCCAAGAUCGGACGCCCACGAAAUGAACAACAAAAGCAAGCCUUGAUGGGUUCAAUGCGUCCUGUCUUUGUGCUGGAAGGCGGCCCAAAAUGUGGCAAGGCCUCAACCCUUGUGGACAUCAUCCUGCUCCACGCGGUACACGGCAAUAAGGUCUUGGCGACGGCCAG